CAUCGCACCCUUUAUUUCCAAGCGGCUCUGCCUCCGGCCUGGCUUUCUCCUCGAGGCUGCCGCUUUUACGUUCCGGCAGGAGAAGGCCCACGGGACGGAGUCUGUGCUCGGGGACCAGUCAGCCUGGGCAUGGAGCCCUUGGAGCGUGAGCGAAGCCUUCUCCUCCCUCCAAUUAACGGGGCGGCGCCGGCCGCCGCUCCCGCCUCGGUCUCUGCUAUGCCCCCCUGGAGACCCAGAUCCGCUCGAGCCGCGCCGCCUGUCGGUAGCAUAAAGUGGGAUCCAUAUGAAUCAACCAUGAAACACGAUUUUGUCUAUAAACCUGCAACAGAUCCUGAUGCAGAUUGUGCCAGAGCAGGGAAAGAUCACGUCAUUCCCUUUCAUGUAGAUGAACCAACUGGAACUAAUAUCUACAGAGAUGAGUUCUGCUGGAAGCCUUAUUCCAAAGCAGAACCAAUAAGGAGUGGAUCUGCAUCAGGAAUAAGGAGAAACAAUCCUCAGCCUGGAGAUCGUUUCCUGAUUUGGCAACUGCCUCAAGAACAAUCACCAUUACCUACAGACAGUUUUUCACCUUGGACAAAACCUAUUACUAAACAAGAGAUUGAGGAAAUAUUAAAAAAACAAUAUAAAACAGCAUAUGCAAGAGAUUAUUUAGGGAUACAACCAAGUGCUGUCCGAGAUAGUGUACCAGCUCCUCCAGAUUGGAAGACGUUAGUCCCAAGGCCUCCUGAUACUGAAUUCAGGCGUAACUAUGGGCCCCAAGCCCAUGCUCCUGAUUUAAUGGACUUUACGUGGAAAUAUGGAUGCAAUGCAAAGCGCCAUCUUCCAGUGAAAGGCGCUGUUCCUUCAGUGUCACUUGCUCAAAUCUGGAAUCAUGAACACAGUAAACAGCUGUCUACUUACCAGAGAGAUUUUGGGAAUGAUUAUCAUGAAAUUAUAUCAGUUUUGAAUUCUCUAGACCCAGAAGAAAUUAAAGCAUAUGUGGAAAGAGCCCCUAAUCCAGGUAUUUCCUGUAGGAAGUCCACAAGGAUUUCUCCUGAAAAAAUGUAUGUAAUGACCUGUGCUAAUGUACUGAUUUUCAUGGCUGUUGUCUCUGUGUUGCUCCUCCCAGGUUGACUGGGCAUGGAGAGUAGCAAGAAAGGCAGGAGAAAUUAUGGAGCUGCUAGAAGUAAUUGAAGAUGUGCAUCUUUUUAGCAGUGAGCCUGCUAAACUCUCUUACCGCUUCUUUCGCCAUUGACUGUGCUGGCUGGGUAGUGGCCCAACACGUCUGGAGGGUACCAGUUGGGGAAGAUGAUACAGCCCCUUCCUGCAGACCAGUUUCUGAUGAAACAUAAUCUGGUUUUCAGCAGAAGCCAGAUAUACACAGUGCUGCAAAAGCUGUUGCAUCAGUUACAAAGCAGGGUUGUGCAAAGCACUGACUGUUUGGGGCCUGCGGGUACAUUUGGCCAUUUAAAAAGCUCUUGGGGACACCAAAAUGGCUGCCAUGUUGUUAGGCCAGGACAACAAGAAAACAGCACACAAGACAGUACAAGGUAGAACUGGCAUCUGAGCCUCAACAUACUAAAAUAAAUCCCUUAGAGUUCAGCAUUCAGCACCUAUUUCAGAGGGCAAGUUUUCCUUCUCCACCAGUUGACUCAUUCUCCUCUCUGUACAUCUCUUUUUCUUGCACACAUUCUCUCUUCCUGGUUCUUUCUGAAGCCAUUCUAGCUGCAGGUAAGAAAAUUAAGGAAUAUUUAAAAAAAAAACCUGUGGGACAUGUCUGGGGACACACUGGCACACAUGGGUGCUAUGCUGCCUAAAGUGCUGAAGAAACAUUAGAGCAGAUAAACAGGAAGGGACCUGAAGACUAAAACAAAGCAGGUGCACCACCUGAAGCAUGGUGGGAAGGGUGAGAAGCACCAUUUUGGAUCCAGAAGUGGCCUGUGUGUUGUUAGAGGAUGGUGCUGACAACUAGAAAGGUGACAAUCAUUAUGACUUGUCCUACCACACAAAAAUCUAGAGCAGAAAAAUUCUCCUUUUUCUGGGCAUAUUAUGUUUUAUUUUGCCCUUGAGCAAGUUGUUCUUUACCGAUAUAGCAAGCAGCAACCUCUGUUUAUCUUCUCUACCCUAGAGGAAGUGUAUGGGUUCCAAUCUGGAUUGGGAUGCACCAUGUCAAGUAGGGUGCUUUGGCGGGGGGAAGGUGUGUGUUUGUUUCCCCUGCUGCAGUUCUGAACUGGAAGGGGUCCCUGCACCUGCAGUUUAUAGCUUGAAAUACAGAUCCAUGGAACAAACAAAUUAUUAUUUGGCAAUUUUAUACUGCUGGUGUGGGGAACCCAAUCUGGGUAAUUGAGCAGUGGAGAGGAAAGGAGUCGAGCUUUCCUGCCUCUUACAUGAGUCCUGGUCCACGCUUGCAUACUCCAGAGCAAGGGCAGUGAGCUUUUAAGCACAACUGCCAGAUUCACUUCCAUAGAAGCUCUUGGAGUAGGGAUGUGGCUUGUAUUUCAGUGUAGGUGGGACCAGAAUUUCCCCAAAUGUUUUAGAUUAAAGCUCAAACUGCUUAGGAGAGGUAUUUAAAUCUUUUGGAAUGGAAAAAAAAGCUGGGAGAUGAUCCAGUGACGGGCAAAUUGGGGGAAAGCAGUCUUCCUGGAACCCUCAGGGGUUUGAUUGGGCACAUAGGCACAUGAGGGUCAACAGCCCUGCUUCAGGGUAAGCACAUAGCUGCUUUGGCUCUCAGAAUCCCCUCCUUGUAUCAAGCAUAUAUGACAAAAGGAUUGUCUGAUUCAGAAGGCCUUACGACAGGCCUCCACUGGUAGUAUCAGCUCCAGGAAGAGGCCAGGAUGAUGGCAGUAGGGAGGAAAAGGUGGGAUAGGAAUGGAGGGAAUUUAACCCCUUUCCUUCCCUGGUGUGCAUUUGAUGAAAAUUGCUCCUCCAAAACUGUUAUUUAUAUUGGAAAGAAAUCUCAGAGGGCUCAGGACCACAGCAGGGAAGGAAGGAUAUUCUCUACUCUCCAUGUGCUGUGAUCUUGAAAAUGACCAGAUCCAGCCCACUGCCACCUAUUUGCAUUUAAACAACAGCCAUGCAAGUUAAAUGCAGAUUCAUGGCUGGCUGGGGCUUGUUGGGAGUUGUAGGACAUUUUUUCCUAUCUGUGUAUAGGAAUGUGUCCUUUAACUAUUGGGCAGUACAGAAAUUAAAUAAAGUGACAUCUUAUACAAGCCUUUGAUAUUCCCUAUUCUAAUGUGAAUUCUUGGUGUCUGUUUUGUAUGGAUCCUCUUACUCAAUAAUACCUUUCUUCCCAUUGUUUGUACAGAAAAAUCAAUCCUUCAGAACUUCCUUGACAAGGUCAAUACGCACAUGGCAUCUCAUAGGCCUUCCUCCGCGAAGAAGCCAGAAGAAAAUCCAGUCAAAUGCACCUUAUAACUUUAAGGGAAAAAUACAGCAAUAUUCAAGGUGGCUGAAGCACAAAUACCAUUAUAGCUUCUCUUUACAAUAAAACCAUUUGAAGAGCUACACCAGUUUUCUUCUAAUUCAGGCUUUCUUUUGAAAUUCUAAAAAACAAUAAUAGUAUUACUACCCCACUAACCUUAGAAAUAUGGACGUUUUACUGGAAGUUUUAUAUAUUACAAGCCUAGUUCUUGCUGCACGAAGAUUUAAUUUCUCCACUCUAUUGUUUUCUCCUUGUUGCACUGCAGUUUUGAGAAACUGAUUUAAAUAAAAGGAUCAAAAGAA